GCCGGGCUGCGCUGCGCGUCGCGGUCGCCGGGUCGGCGGCUGCCUCGGUGCUGCGCCUGCCCGGCGGGGCGGGCCGCGAUGCUGCGCCGGCGAUGUCCGCGGAACACGAGAAGGAGCCCGCCGCGGCGCUCAAGAGGCCCCGAGGCGGAGACGGCGGCCUGGAAGGUUUGGCGGGCGCCGGGCUGCAGCUGGGCAGCCCCGACAAGAAGAAGCGCAAGGCCAGCGCGCAGGGGGCCCCCUUCCCCGCUCCGCCCUCCGAGUACGCCCCGCCGCCCAACCCGAGCUCCGACCACCUGAUCGCCGCCAACCCCUUCGACGACAGCUACGCCGCCGCCACCGCCGCCGCCGCCCCCUACAAGCCUGCGGGGAGCCCCUACUUCCCCGGCCCCGGCUACCCCAGCUUCGGGGGCUACAACGCCUUCAGGAUGCCGCCUCACCUGCUGCCCCGAAUGGCCUCCCCGUAUGGGGCACCCGCGUACCCGCUCCGCAGCCAGCCGCACCCUUUUGCCCAGAACUCCCCGGUGGGGAUGGUUUUCAACAGGCCCCCGGCAGUGACCUUCGGGCCACCCGAGAACGCGGGCUUCGCAGGCCAGCCCUCCUAUGGCGUUGCCAGCACAAACCAGCCUGUGCCCAUGCCUGUGCCCAGCCAGCCCUUCCGUCCCAACCCGGGCGAAAACUUCGGCCACAUGCCCUCGCAGAACGCCGGCCCGGUGCCUCCCCGUGACGUCUCCAUGCAUUUCGGGCCAGGGCCCAGUCCGGCCUUCGGCAGCACCCCGGUAGAGCCCAACCACUCUUAUGCUCCCGGGCCGAACAGUUACAGCCAGGCGAAACCAUCCCCGAAACUGGCUGCGAACAAGCACCAGCCCCCGCCCCAGCAGCAGCACCACCACCCCGCUCACGGGGCAGAGGAUGUGCUGAGCUCAGGAAGUGCAGAUGUGAAAGCCGCCGGGCAUCGGAAUGUCCCAGCGGGCAACCCUGAGGGGGUCCUGCCCAAACACAUGGAAAAUCUGAACAGUGCCCAUGCAAACGGGACCCCCAAUAAGCCCCGCUUGCCCCAUGGAGGCCCCGAGGGCAGUAGUUCUGAGAAGGGGGGUGGCAGCGGUGGCAAAAUCCCGCUGCACCCUCCCCAGCACGGCCACACGUCCUCCGAGCCAGUUUACCCGUGUGGGAUUUGCACCCACGAGGUGAAUGACGAUCAGGACGCCAUCCUCUGCGAAGCAUCUUGUCAGAAGUGGUUUCACCGGAUCUGCACGGGCAUGACGGAGUCGGCGUAUGGCCUGCUCACCGCAGAGGCGUCGGCGGUGUGGGGCUGCGAUACUUGCAUGGCGGACAAGGAUGUGCAGCUGAUGCGCACCAGGGAAACAGCGGGACCACCAGCCCUGAAUGCCGAUGCGUGAGCCGCCCCCCUACUCUCCUGCGGCUGUGGUUGCGAAACUCCAUCUUCCCACACGUUUUGUUUUCCGCCCAAGUGCAUUAAGUUUUCAUCAGAAGAACUUUGGGGAGAUGCUUCCUUUGUGCCAGUGAACUUGGUUUAGACAUACGAAUGGACUGGUUCUGUGAAAUGCCACCCUUUCGCGGCUGUUCAGCCUGAGGAUGGAAUGCACUGGACGAACUGGAUGUAGCGAUAUAUUUGCAGUACCUGUUGCUGUCUCGUGAGGAGCCCACUUGUUCCUCUGCUUCUGAGCUUUCUCCAGUUGAAAAGGCAGGAGGUCCAGCCCAGGAGAAAACUGAGCAAUAGUUCUUCCAAGGUGGUUGCUGGGAAUGUCAAACUGUUUGUAUGUGAGCUGGAACUUACCUAGAAAGGGUAACAUGGUUAGUCUUUUUUAGUUCUACUGCUAUUCUUACAGUGCCUAUUUCUGAUCACGUUAGUGGAGCUUGCAGGGCCUUUGCAAUAAACAGAUUUUAGGGGAUCCUGAGGGCUUUCUCAGUACAUCUCUCUCUGUUGGCUUUGGCAGCCUGUUUCCAACAACCCCUCUUCCAGUGCCCAGCAGCACACAGGCAGGCCUCUUCCCUGAAAUGCCAGGCACGGAGCUGGGUGCUGCGGCCAUCUGCUGACCCCAGCACGUAGUAGUUGAAGCGAUGUGGAAGAUGUCCGGCUAUUUGGAGAAAAAUAUUCAGAGCCAGAAGCGCUUCUGAUUCCAGCUUGGCUUUGGGACUGUUGGGGACCAGGGCCUCGGGUGGCUCUGAGUGUGAGAUCCCAGCCGGCGUGGCCUUGGGAGACAGGGACCCAGACUGGGGGGCUACAGCCACGGUUGCAGAGUUCCGUCCUGGAGGUUAGGGUGAGGAGGGGCAGCCCUAGCAGCGGCAGCUCAAGAGGAGCAGCAGCAGCAGCAGCUUGGCCACCGUCCGUGGCAGAGGGUUGCAUUUCCCAACCUCCCUUGCAUCCCAGAGGCCAUUUUUUUUUAAACCAUCAAAAAUUGAAAGCAUUUUUAGGGAACUUGAAUUCCCACACACUUGCCUAGAAAGAGGAAGAGUUGCUGGGAAACUGGCACCCCUUUGCCCAUCCCUUUGUGUGUAAGUCGGAUGGGAACAUGGCUCACGGCUGCCUCCCUCCUCCUUGAGGGAAUGUGAGUGGCCAUCCUGGGCAGUGGGGGAGCCUCCCAUAUAGCAGCAACCAUGGCAGUGAAGCUGGGCAGAUGCUAAUCCAGAUGUGGGCAGCAGCGAGAACCUCAGGCUUUAAGAGGCAGACAUUAUUCCAAAGUGGAGGGAUACAAGUGUCACCUGCCGAGGAAGCUUUGAAUCCAAAAUUUAGUGGGGCCGCACAGUCCGGGAAUUCUAGAGUCUCCAUUGUGCAAAUGGCAAGAUGCCUUCAUAGCUGUGAAGAUCAAUGAUAAGUAAAAAAUUCCAUAGAGUGAGUCAGUGUGUUGUAGCACAUGCAUGCGCAUGUGCGCACGUGCACACACUGAGAAUUUGGCUUUUGUUUGCCUUGGAGAUAAAUCAGGAUGGACCUUUAUCUCUGGGCUGGAAACAAUUGGAGCAAAAAUAUUAAUUUGGGCAACUCAAUCCAGAUGUAAGUGGUGGAAGUCAGCCGUAGAAAUCUGGUAGGUAUCUCAAGAGGUCUUCUGCUGAUGUUGUAAUUGUUUCUAGCUUCCAUCUGCUGGAAUUUGGGGAAGGACUAGCACCCCUCCUUGUGACUGGCUCCCCCCCACUCCAGGUUCAGAUAUCUGUGUGGCUUUAAAACUCCCAUGCAGACAAGCGACUUGGCCACCCAUCUGCUGGUCCAAAGCAGAGCCUUAAAGCAGGGGUUGGGGGUGGGCUUUGCUGCUGCUGCUGCUGCAUUCUCCAGAUCUGGCUCUGAGCGGGGAGCACCACUUCCCCUCCCCCAGAUGGACACAAGCUGCUCCAGUUGGAGACGAAGGUAAACCACCUGGGAACCCCUUCCCUUUUCCCAUCUGUCUGGUGCCCUAAUUACAUGUGGAAUAACACUUCACAUUUACAAAUUGUGGGGAUGUUUGAAGACCCUAAUGUGUGUGUUUAAUUCUGAGAGGUGGUUUUUUUUUUUAAAUCAGUGACUUACAUUUUCCAUUUUAUUUUUUAAUAGAAAUUUUGCUAUCUUUCAUGCCUAAAUACGUGUACCUCUCAUUAUAUAUAAAUAGAGCUUUGCUUGCUAGUAAUGUGUAACAUUUUAUACAUACUUGGCCAUGUGUCUUUUCUGUUGUAUGUGACUUAAUUACUGUUUCAUAUUAAAACUCAUCUUUUCUUAUGUACUGCUUACGUAUACCUGUUUUGGGGAUAUCAGUUGAGUACUUUUUAUACAACCUCAAAUGUGUUCCACAUUGGUGACAUUUAUUUUUGCAGCAACUUUUAAAAGAAUAAAAAUAGGGCAUGUCUGAAAUAACACAUGCAUUAGGACUGUGAUGCGUGACAAAGUUGAUGUAUGUAAUUCAAAUUGGAAACAAGCUCCCAAACUUUGUCCAUUAUUGUUCCCUUAGUAAGAAAUGAAAUUACUAUGUAAUACAAAUGACGUCAUAUCAUGGUGCGUGUGUAAGCUACUCUCUGAAGUAUAGGAAUAACGUUUCUGUUUCUAUGUUGAGGGAUGGCGAGCUGAGCUGACCUCAUGGCAAACUAUUAAACCGUUUUUGAUGUA